AUUAUGUUAAAUUACCCGAGUUUACUUGGGAAGAAAUUAAUGAACGAGUGCAGCGUGGGGCUUAUUUGGUCGUUUGUGAUGGACUUGUAGUAGACAUCCGCAAUUUUUAUAAUUCCCAUCCAG